CAGCAACAGCAGCCUCAAGGAUCUAUGGUCUGCUGGGAGAGAUUUCUACAUCUUAGGUCCCUCAAGGUUUUGCUUGUAGAAAACGAUGACUCCACUCGCCAUCUAGUCACUGCACUGCUUCGAAAUUGCAGUUAUGAAGUUAUUGCAGCUGCAAAUGGACUAUACGCAUGGAAUAUGCUAGAAGAUCUUACAUAAUAUGUUUGUGUGUAGUACUUCAUUUCUCGAUUCACCACAUUUCAGACUUAUUUUUUCUUCUAGAUGAAGAAAAUUUUAAGACAUCCUUCAGUUAUGAGCUCCUGUUACUCUAUUGUAUCUUGUAUGUUGGGAGUAGACAAAUAGUUAUCUGGCAAACUUAGCAGUUCCCCGUUGGUCAGGAUUUGUUGAAUCUCCUAUAUCUUUACAAUUGGUUGAGCCUUAAAUCUCCUUUCACAAAUUUGCUGCCUAUGGUCGGACUUUCAACUGGGUUUUAUGUUCUCUUUUGUUCUCUUCUGGUUUACCAUCCUUUCUUCUAUGUCAGCAUCCUUAGUUAUUGCAGCUGCAAAUGGACUACACGCAUGGAAGAUGCUAGGAGAUCUGACAUAAUGUGUGUGUAGUGCUUCAUUUCUUGAUUCACCACAUUUCAGACUUAUAUUUCUUCCCGAUGAAGAAAACUAUAACUUUCCAUUGUUCAUUUUUCUGGGUAGCAAAUAUGGAAAACAUACAGGAAUGAAUUUAAGGCUUCCUUCAGCUGUGAGCUCUUCUGUUACUCUAUUGUAUCUUGGAAGUAAACAAAUAGUUAUCUGGCAAAGUUAGCAGUUCCCCGCUGGUCAGGAUUUGUUGAAUCUCCUAUAUCUUUAUAUUCGGUUGAGCUUUGAAUAUCCUUUAUUUUGCUGCCUAUGGUCUGAAUUUCAUUUGGGUUUUAUGUUCUCUUCUGGUUUACCAUCCUUGAAUAUCCGUUCACAAAUUUGCUGUCUGUGAUCUGAAUUUCAAUUGGUUUUAUGUUCUUUUCUUGUUUACCAUCCUUUCUUCUUCGUCGGCAUUCUUAGUUAUUGCAGCUGCAAAUGGACUACACGCAUGGAAGGUGCUAGAAGAUCUGACAAAUCACAUAGAUCUUGUCUUAACAGAGCUGGUCAUGCCUUGCUUAUCGGGCAUCGGUCUUUUAUGCAAGAUUAUGAGCCAUAAAACAAGGAAGAAUAUACCUGUGAUUAUGAUGUCUUCUCAUGACUCAAUGGGUUUAGUCUUUAAAUGUUUGUCAAAGGGUGCUGUCGAUUUUUUAGUGAAGCCCAUUCGGAAGAAUGAGCUUAAAAACCUUUGGCAACAUGUUUGGAGAAGAUGUCAUAGUUCUAGCGGUAGUGGAUGUGAAAGUGGCACGCAGACCCAAAAAUCUGUGAAGUCAAAAAGUGUUCAAAAAUCAGAUAACAACACCGGGAGCAAUGAAGAAGAAGAAGACAAUGAGAGCAUUGGCUUCAAUAUUGGAGAUGGAAGUGACGACGGCAGUGGCACCCAGAGUUCUUGGACCAAGCAAGCUAUAGAGGUUGAAAGCCCUCGACCAGUAUCUGCAUCAGCAUGGGAUCAAAAGCGUGAACGUCCUGAUAGUACUUGUGCUCAAGUUGUCCACUCAAAUGCUGAUGCAUUUGGUAAUAACGUAUCACCUGUUUUGACAGCCGAGUGCCAGGUGCAGAAAAAGCAACUUGAAACUGUUUCCGUGGGUAGAGUUGAAUUAGGCGUGCACAUAAAUCUAGAUUUACAACUUGAACUGUCUGCGGAACAUCCAACCAAGCUAGCUAACAGACAACAGAAUAUUAUGCUUGAGAUAGGAUCCAAUGGAUUUAAUGAGCAGUUUAACGAACAAACAAAUGUUACUGGUCUUGCUACAAAUCUUAAAGAUUCUAAGUUGGGUGUCACAGUGUUUGAGGCACCAACCAGCAAUCCCAAGAUAGACAUUAAGAAUAAAGAUGUUACAGAUUCAGGAGAAUUUCCAUCCCUUGAGCUUGGAUUAAAAAGGCUUAGAGGAGUUCAAACGACAGGGAAAGCAGACCAAGAUGAGCGGAAUGUUUUGAGACGCUCAGAUUCUUCAGCUUUUUCUAGGUACAAUGCUGGCUCAAAUUCUAACAAGACUCGAACUGGGAAUGCUGGGAGUAACUCUUCUCCUUUUCUUUGCUUAGAAGUUACAAACCAAGAGAACAUGCAAGAUAUUCGAUCUCAUUCGAGUGGUAAUCCUCCCAAUCAAUGCUCAAAUGGAGAUAGCAAUAAUAUUGACAUGGGGUCCACUACGAAUAAUGCAUUUUCCAAGUCCAUAGUCAUUAAUAACAAGUCAGCAAUGGCAUCAACAGUCAACUGUUUGAACCCGUUGGCCCAACCUAUUAAGAAUGACAGUCUAUCUGUUCCUCAGCAAGCUGAUACUACCAAUAACGGUACAAUUACAACAAUGCAAACUCAGUCUAAUUGUGUGCACGGGGAAUCUCAAAUUCAGCAACUUUGUCAAACGUAUGAUCACACUCAUCUGCUUGCCCAAAAUAAUCAACAAAAGUCAUCUGAGCGUAAUGAUUUUUCAUUAAAGAAAAUAUCAGCUGCGACACAUUGUGGGUCAUCCAAUGUGUUAAAUGGCCCUGUAGAAGGUAAUGCAGCAAAUUAUAGUGUGAAUGGUAGCGCCUCGGGCAGUAACCAUGGAAGCAAUGGCCAAAAUGGGAGCAGCACUGCAGUAAAUGCUGGAGGGCUGAAUCUGGAAAGUGAUAAUGGAAUAGGCCGGAAAAGUCGAAGUGGGGAUGCCAGUGGAAGUGGUAGUGGAAGUGGAAACAAAGUGGACCAAGACAAAGUCUCACAAAGGGAAGCAGCCUUGACAAAGUUUCGCCAGAAACGGAAGGAAAGAUGCUUCCAUAAAAAGGUGCGAUACCAAGGCAGAAAGAAAUUGGCAGAACAGAGGCCCCGUGUGAAGGGACAGUUCGUGAGACAAAACACAAGCGAAAACACGAGCAAUGUUGGAGAUGGCUAAAGCCAUUGGCAUUGUUUUGGUAAACAAACAAAGAUUUGGUUUUCCCUUUAACAAGAAAUGUCCAUGUGCAUUUGGGAAAAUAGAAAAAUUAGAGUGUACCAUUUUAGACAGAAAAAUGAUGUUUUUACUUAAUAAUUCUAAAUUAGACAGACAAAAGCUGAACUGGACUCUGUUGCCAGUGGCUACUGGACUUCUAAUUCAAGAAGGCCUUCUGCCUUUCUGCAUCAGAAAACUCUACUUUAGUUUGUGUUUGGACACAAUGUGAGUGUAUUAUUAUUCAUUGUUACACCUCCUCUCUCCUUUCCUUUCUCUUCUGUACAACUGGAAAACUCUCACAUUACUACCA